CUUCUCCUUCCGGACCACCACUCCACGUACAGCGUUGCACACGCUCACCUCCACGAAGUACGCCUUCAGGCUAAAGUCGCCAUAAGAUGGUUCUCCCGGGUUUCCUCGACAUUCGAGCUUGGGGUUUCUUCCCCGGCGCCCCUGAAUGGACUUCCAAAGACAUACCUGACCAGACCGGCAAGGUCGCCAUCGUGACUGGCGCAAACACCGGGAUUGGUCUCGAAACAGCAUACAGGCUGGCCGAGAAGGGCGCAAAAGUCCAUCUCGCUUGCAGGAGCAAAGACAAGGCUGACAAGGCCAUCGAGUACAUCAACACAAAAGUUCCGAACGCUCAGGUGCAAUUCUUACAGCUAGACUUGUCUUCGCUGCGCUCCUCUCUCGACGCAGGCCGGCGAUUCGCCUCUACGGAGCCUAGGCUCGACCUCCUUAUUAACAAUGCCGGUGUCAUGAUGCCUCCUGAGGGAUCAUUGACGCAAGACGGAUACGACCUGCAGUGGGGCACCAAUAACUUGGGCCAUCAAGCCUUUACCCAGGCGCUUGUCCCACUGCUCAAGAAGACUGCAAAGAGCGCAUCGGCUGGGUCAGUGCGAAUCAUUUGGGUUGCCAGCUCUGGACACUGGAUCCUCGCACCAUGGAGCGGCGUCGACUUUGAAAGUCUGAAAGAGGGCAAACAUCGCAAGCGAGACACCAAUGCCCACUACGGCAUCAGCAAGUUGGGAAAUGUGCACCAAGCUGCUGUUCAAGCUAGGCAGCUAAAAAGUGACGGGAUCAUCACUGCCAGUCUGCAUCCAGGCAACAUCUUUUCCGACUUGCAACGGCAUCAACCCUGGAUUGUCAAGGCGAUCACAUCGAUCGCCUUGCACUCCACCGAGCGGGGCGCACUGACUUCUUUGUACACUGCUACGAGUCCCGACGUCACUUUGGCUGAGAGUGGCUCUUACUACGUGCCGUGGGCGCGCAAGUGGAACACAAGCCAUGCCAAGGCAGAUGAUCCUGCAGCUCAAGAAGCUACGUGGGAAUGGAACGAGAAGGAGAUUGCCGCUUUUGAGUCCAAAGCUCGCUGAUAUUGCCAAGUUGCCCGUCUCAAAUCGAGAACAAUUCAUUGCUACAUCGCGCGUUGGUCUCUAUCGCUUGACACUUCUAUGAGAUACUUUUUUGGUUCUUGGUCCGAUGCUGCUUCUAUUUGCUCCACGUUGUAUUUCCUCCCAUAUUAUGCCGUUUGUGCUUAACCCACCGCAACUCUUCGAUGCACCUGUUCACCCUC